CGAACUCAUUCUCCGUCACUUCUAGCCUUAGCUUACUCAUUUUCUCUUUUUAAAACAGUAUACCCUUGUCACCAGUCCUACAUAAUGAUUCCCCCUUCAGAGCCCGUCCCACCCUCCAGCUCUGCCUCAGCCCUAACCCAAUUCUUUCCCGGCGCCAACUUCAAGGAGGCUUUCGAUGAAAAGGUUGUCUUGACUGUGGGUGGUGCCAAUGGUAUUGGAGCUAGCCUUGUCGAGCUCUGUUGCCAAAACGGCGCUCAUGUCUGCAUUGGCGAUAUCGAUACCGCCCAAGGAGAGGCCCUAAGCAAGAAAUGCCGGGACAAAUGGCCUGUCUACUGGGACCCUGCCCUUCCACCAAAGCCUCCCCGAACCUCCUUCUACACCACCGACAUCACCGAUUACCAGGCUGUCGUCUCCCUCUUUGACCGUGCAUUCAGGACUUAUAAGCGUAUUGAUCAUGUGGUGGUCACAGCAGGUAGCAUGGAAGCGGGCAACAAUUGGUUUGACCAAAAGUUGAAUUUGGAGUCGGUGCAAGAGCCUCCUUCCACGAAGGAUAUCGACGUCAACCUCAUCGGGUCUCUCUAUGUCACCCGCAUUGCUAGCGUCUAUCUCCGCCAUAACCGUGGGCCAGGAGUGGAUCGGUCCAUUCUGUUGUUCUCCUGUGCUGCUGGCUUCAAGGAGACACCAGGUGUAUCCAUCUACCAGGCCUCCAAGCACGGUGUGCAGGGUCUCAUGCGCUCUCUUCGCCCCUACUUCCCAUCACCGUACAAACACAAUCUCCGCAUCAAUACUAUUUGUCCCUGGAUGACCGAGACCCGCACUACCCUUACAAAGAUGGUGCAGGAACGCUGGACCAAGGAAGGCUUGCCUGUGAGCACGCCUCAGGAGGUAGCUCUUGUAUCUGCUGGUGUGUUAGCUAACGACUCUCUCAACGGGACUUCUAUGUACGUGGAAGGUGGCCGUGCCUGGGAGAUCGAAGCCAACAUCGAUCGCUUAGAGCCGGAGUGGCUGGGAGAGGAACCGUCCAAAACGCUGGCGUUGGGACAGAAAGUACUGAAUGACGCAUGGGCUGCGUAGAGAA